AUGCUCUCAGAGCUCUCAGCCCGUCAGAGAAUGAGUUCUAGCCUCGUGGAGGAAAUGCCUCUGAGCCCGCCAAGUCCUCGAGGGGCACAGAGGUUCAAGAAGCCAUGGCUUUUAUGCAUGGUUCCUCUGCUGUUGCUGCUUUUCUAUACCACGGGUGCGCUGAUCUUUACUUCAGUCAAGGCAUUUGCCAAAGAGCCCUGUAUGGUUAAGUUUGAACUAUCAUCUUCAAAGUGGCAAAUGACAUCUCCUGAACCUCUUUGUGUCAAUAUGACAUCUGAUGGGAAGCUGGGGAUACUUCAGGAUGGCGAGUAUUUAAUCUAUGGACAAGUGACUCCUUUUGCUAAGAAAGACAUAAAAAACUCUGCUGAAUUUAUAGUAGAGAUAAUUAAAGAUGGAGAUGUCUUACAGUCUGCAACAAAUGACUUUCAAAUUCUAACUAUAGGAGGGAUUUAUGAACUGCAUGCUGGAGAUAGCAUAUACUUGAGGUUCAACUCUGAUGACCACGUUCAGAAAAAUUAUACAUACUGGGGGGUUGUUUUAAUGCCAGAUCUCUCAUUCAGCUCCUAG